CAACUACAAAAUUGCAAGCAAAACCGUAUAAUGUAUAAAGGCCUAUAUAUCACAAGUCCAUAGAAAGAAAAAGUUGUCUAUGACAAUGACAGCUGACAACUGGUGAACUGGCUGUCAUAAUUGUCAAAGCAAACGAAACAACCGGUUGGAAUUCUUAUUUGGAUUUGUCUUUCUCCUAUUUGUAUAAUUCGGUAUUGUUUUAAUUUCCACCUUCUGCUCAUAAUCUUUGGCGCCCUUAAAUUUGGACUAAAUAGCUAUACAGUGUCGGACAUAAACUUCUUUAUCCCGACAAUCCUUGAGAGUUUAUAAAGUAGUCUAUUACUACUACUUUCUCUCAAAAAAAUGAACAUGGUAAAUAGGUUCGUGCAAGCAGAUUCUAGUAACCUACCAGAAGUAAACACCUUAAUGAUUCUUGAAUAUGUUAUAAGCAGCAACAAGCACAGUAUUGAUGAAAUAAGAGAUGUGAAAAAAUUGGCGGCAUCAGACGAAAAUUAUGUUAUAGAUGCUGUAGGAUUUGUGCAGCUAAAAAACAAUGGCACUGAAUGCCUUCUUAAGGCUAAAGUUGCUUCAGAAGAGGAGGGCGGAAUCAAAUAUUACACUGUGUCUGUUCAUGUAAAUGAAAAUACUAUUACUGACAGUUCAUGUAAUUGCCACCCUGAUUUAGCAGAAGGAUGCAAACACACAUUCUUGUUCCUGUGUUGGUUGAAAAAUAAAUCAUCAAUACCUGAAAGAGCUCCAGUCCAAUGUUUUUGGCAUAAACCCCUACUCAGUUCUAAUUAUUCACUGCUUGCUAAGGACAUUUUUAAAUUUAAAUCUAAAAGGGGUGCUGUAGAACUGCAGCCAAGAAACCCUGAUGUGCUGAAGAGCUUUAUUGAAGAAUGUAAGAAAAGAAACAUUACAAACUCUCUUAUUUUCAACUAUUCACUUCCACAGUAAAUGUUAUUGGUAAAUAUCUCCGUCGCGUUGACGGGGCGGCUCUUAAAAUUACUGCGAUAAGGACAACUGCAGCUUAGGCGAAAAAUCGUGCGUAAUAUAAAUCUCAUAAAUCGACGUUUCAUUCUCGACAUUUUCAUCCCCCAAGAUUUAACCAAUCGUAAGGAAAUUUUGGGAACGGAAUGAGAAAGAAAUGAUCUGUGUCUGACCGUUUUGAUCUUUGCGUUUAUUGUUGCCGAUUUUAUAUGCUAGACGUCUGUUUACGACGCAAUUAUUUGGCCGUUUUUAGCACUCUUUAAAGUAACCUCAUUCUUAUAAAAACAAUAAUACAAAAUAAAUCAAAACGUACAGACACAUGUACUGGUAAUAUUGAACUUAUAUGUAUAAAAAAAAUAUUCAUCUAGGGCCAAAAUCCAGAGAGAAAAAUGUCGAGAACGUUUGUAUGGAAAAACGACCACUAAUGUUUCCUUUUAACAGUAAUACAAUAUAGUUUCAUUAUGUCGGGAAAUUUCCAUUCAUCAUGUACCUAUGUUGUUUGUUGAGCUAUAAGUAUAGUCUGAUAGGUAUAUUGUUACACGCAGUGUAAAAUAGUAUUGCAUUUGCAGGUGACUGUACCCUACCCUUGUAAUUUUAUGGAUAUAGUUAUUUAAAGUGAGUUCCUCUCUAAUUUCCUAAGUAAAUAUAGUAUAGCACAUCCAUCUAUUAUUUUUUAUGAAAAAAUAAAUGUCUUCAAAUCUAA